ACACUCUCAGGCACUGAGGUUAAUUAUUGCGUUAGGGAGAGCAAAGUCACAUUGUGUAGGCAUGGGUGGGAAGAGGACUUCCCUGGAGUUAGAGGGCUCUCUGUGGAGAGGAGCCCCAGCGGCACAGUGGACUGAAGGAGCCACAGAGUCCAGGAACUCUAUGUUUCUCUUCCAUUCUCAGCAUGAUAGAUGAGCUCCACCUGACCAAGUUCUCCAUCUCCACUGACUACAGCCUGGAGCACAUCCUUCCAGAGCUGGGCAUCAGGGAACUCUUCUCCACAGAAGCUGACCUGUCUGGCAUCACAGAAAUCAAGGACCUGAGUGUCUUUCAGGUGGUCCACAAGGCUGUGCUGGAUGUGGCUGAGACAGGCACAGAGGCAGCUGCUGCCACAGGAUAUAAACUUCAUGGAUGUUGUCUAGAAAUCUACUCUAUGAUAAUAUAUUUCAACAGGCCAUUCCUGAUGGUUAUCUCUGACACAAAUACUCAUGUUGUCCUCCUCAUGGCCAAAGUUACAAAUCCAGAGAGAGAUGAGAACUUCCCAAAUGGGGAGGGUGCUUCUUCACAAGAGCUGGAAAUUAAGCCUGUAUGUAGGUCUGUCUGCACAUGUUGUUUGCCAUGCCUGACUGGACAGUGACCCCGACUAACUCUGUCAUGUCCUCAUGCAGAAAAACAAGCCUAUGGCUGGUCAGUGUCAGACUCCCCGUCAUCUUGGCAACACUAGCUCAGGUUCCUGACCUGAAAUUUGUGUUAUUCCCUGUCCUGCUCUCUCCCUGUAUCUCCCUCAACCCAAAGCCUGGGCCCGGCAGUGAGGCUCUCUCCUCACUUAGGCUCUGCUUAUGUCUGCCUUCAGCCUUUCAGUCAGGAUGGCACUAUGCAAGUUUACAGGACAACCCAUAAGGACUAAGAAGGGAACCUGCUGCCCUGGGUCUAUCUGCAGCAUCUGAAAUGCUUGGUGUCCAGUUCUGCCUUCCUCUUGCCUUCCUGUGGGCAGAGCUAUCCACAGCCCCUACAGAGUCUCUGGCCCCACCCAGAUCUGGCACAGGUGGAGCCAUGGCCCCUGCAGCUGCAUGGGGCCUGUGGGUCAGAGCAGCUCCUCUCCCCCUAGCACUCCUACUCAGGGCAGAGAAGUAGCCUAACCCUAAGUCUCUAGGUGACCAACC